AGACACAAAAGCCUGAUGGUGCAGCCACAAGUGACAGAAAACAACAGAGAGGCUAAAGGAGCAGUUUUGUGCCAGAAGUGCAGGCAUGAGGAGAACAGACCGGCUGUAGGAGACCUGGGAACUGAUGCAAGUUUAUCGUCAACUCUGCGUUUGACAGAAGCAGGGGUUGGACUCGUGGAGAAAGGGAAGAAGAGUGCUGGAUAGACGGGCUUAAGUGGUGCACAUCAAGGAGACAAACUACAUCAAUGAAGACACCCGGCAUGGCGGUGUUCAAGCAACAGAAUGUGGAUGAUUUCUAUGAAAUUGGAGAAGAACUGGGAAGUGGUCAGUUUGCAAUUGUCAAACGCUGUAUAGAGAAGAGCACAGGUGUCGAAUAUGCAGCAAAGUUCAUCAAGAAGCGGAAGAGUCGAGCCAGCAGACGUGGCGUUAGAAGAGAGGAGAUUGAGAGGGAAGUGGACAUCCUGCAGCAGCUCCAGCACAACAACAUUGUAUCGCUACAUGAUGUGUACGAGAACCGCACAGAUGUGGUGCUCAUCCUUGAACUGGUGUCUGGAGGAGAGCUAUUCGAUUUCUUGGCUCAGAAGGAGUCUCUCAGUGAAGAGGAGGCCACUCGGUUUAUCAAACAGAUCCUAGAUGGAGUCCAGUACCUCCACUCCAAGAGGAUCGCACACUUUGAUCUAAAGCCUGAAAACAUAAUGCUGCUGGACAGGAAUGUUCAUCUACCCCGCAUCAAACUCAUAGACUUUGGACUUGCACACAAAAUAGAAGCCGGGGCAGAUUUCAAAAACAUUUUUGGAACCCCUGAAUUUGUCGCUCCAGAGAUAGUCAACUAUGAGCAACUGGGAUUGGAGGCAGACAUGUGGAGCAUUGGAGUCAUCACAUACAUACUCUUGAGUGGCGCGUCACCUUUCCUGGGCGACACGAAGCAGGAAACGCUGGGAAACAUCUCGGCGAUGGACUAUGAGUUCGAUGAAGAGCUCUUCAGUAAUACAAGCGAGCUGGCCAAGAGCUUCAUCAGACAGCUCCUGGUGAAGGACACAAGAAAACGGAUGACCAUACAGGACGCCCUCAACCAUCACUGGAUUAAGUCCUGUGGCCACAUGGAGGAAGAUAGCGCUGCCCCUGAGGCCGAGAAGAAAGCGGAGCAGCUGAAGACGAAGCGUCUUAAGGAGUACACCAUCCAGUCCCACUCCAGCAUGGCCCAGAACAACACAUAUGCCAACUUUGAGCGUUUCGCCCACGUGGUGGAGGACGUCAGUCUGAUGCAGACGGAGCUGUCGGAGGUGGCGGAAGCCCGCCACACUCUACAGGGUGAUAUAGAAGCACUGCUCUCCAUCUACAAUGACAAGGAGGCCUGGUACAAGGAGGAGAGUGAGUCUGCGAGGAAGCAGCUGUCCCAGAUCCGCUACGAGUUCCGUAAAGUGGAGUCCACGAGGAAGCUGUUGCAGGAGGACAUGAAGUCUAUAGAUGCCACACUGGAGAGCAUCAGUGGGAAGUACAGCCAGAGGCAGAGUCAGCUGGACUCUCUGAGGCAGGAGCUGAACUCUGAGCUGCAGUGGCUGCAGGACGUAAUGAGCUGUCUGCAUCCGGAGGGAGCCAACGGCAGCAUCCACAGCGGCAGUCUGAAUACGGACAUGAGGCAGGCACUGAAGGAGCUGCUGCAUCAGUCCUGCAGGAGGGAACUGUGCCCCGAGGCCAAACAGCCACUCACAGAGUCCGGCUAACACACAAAGAAAGACACACCUUUAUUGACUUUAAACAUCUCAACAUGUUUUUAAAAAUUGUUGUUGUUGUUUGCAUUCUACACGUUGUUGUUUUUUCAGCGACACUUUUGAAUGUAUAUCUGUGUAGUCUUUACUUUUUCUUUCUUUCUAAUUUUUAUUUUCUCCUGUGAACUCUGUGGUACGAUACUUAAUGUAACAGUAGGAAAAGGAAUUUGAGGAAUGCACUUAUUUACAUUCUUGCUGAUACCACUUUCAUAUUGUCAUGGUAGAUAUGAAGCUACAGGCAAGAGCUUAGCGGGGAAACACAUAGCUCGGCCCUAUCCAUAUGUAAAAGCAAAAAACUGCCCUCCAGCACCUCUGAAGCUCACUGUUACAUCUUGUUUGUUUAAACCAUACAAAACCUGAUAUGUAAAAACUGUAAACUGUGCUUUUAUGGGGCAGUGACUGAAGGAAGUCAUUAAUGCAACCCCCCAGGAAAAUGUCAACACCAUUUUGUUCGGAUGAAACAAAUUAGAUAUAAAUUAGUGAGCUGCAGAAGUACUGGUAGGCUGAUUUUGUAGCAUUUGGACAGUCAGGCUAGCUGUUUAUCCCAGCUCUCAUUGCUAAGCUAAGCUAAUCACCUUCUGGCUGCAUGUUUAUAUUCAGCAGGCAGAUAUGAGAGCGUCAUCUCUCAUAGUAAAAUAAGCAUAUUUCCCAAAAUGUCAAAACGUUUCUUUUAAGUAGUGUCAUAAUGGCACAAUAGUAGGAAUUAUUCUAAUAAUGAAGAUAAAUGUUGUGCUUACUGUGUUUCGGCCAGACGAAGACACGGGAUCCAACAUCAGCUCUUUUCAAUGGAAUGUUUUCGAAGUUCACACUUUUUAAUUGAUUUAGUUUUUCAUUCCAUUUAUGUUUAAGACUGUAUAUUCAUGUGUAUAUAUUGUUCACAGUGGUUAUCCAUUUAUAAAGUUACAUGUGUAGUCA